UCACGAAGGAGCCGCUAGCAAACGACGUCAGAGAUCUCAGCAGUGAAGAUGGAGAGAAACGUGCUCCACAUGCUCGUGGUGUUUCUGCUGAUGCCUCUGUCGAGCAGACCGCAGGAGACGGAACUUGAGAGAACUUCUCAGGAUCUGUGCGGUGAGCUGAAGCAUCUCCGAGAACUCGUGUCUCAGCAGGCGGACACUUUAUCCGAGAUCAAGGUGAAGAUGGUGUACAUCGAGAAAGAGAAAGCAGAUAAAGAAGAGCAGCUGAUGGCUGUGAAGACCGAACUGGAGACCAUGAAGAAACUGAACGCUGAGCGGCCGAAGGUGGCGUUCAGCGCCGGAUUAGCUGCGGGACAGAAAGGACCGUUUAACACUGAAAGCAUGCUGAUCUACAGUAAAGUCAUCAGCAACAUCGGAGGAGCGUAUAACCCAUACACAGGUGUGUUCACGGCUCCGGUCAAAGGCGCCUACUACGUCCGCUUCACUGCCGCCGCCUACAACAGUAACAGCCACAACAUGGGUGUUCACCUGUACAAGAACAACCAGCACCUCAUGCACCUGGGCGAGUACGACAAAGACGGAAAUGCCAGACACGUGUCCGGGGCUCUUGUGCUGGAGCUGGAGGUCGGUGACGUGGUGUACCUUCGCCUCCUUACCAACUACGCCCUCUACGACGAUACGCUGCUCCGCAACACCUUCAGCGGCUUCCUCAUCUUCCCUUCAUGAGUCUGUGUCCAGGACCUGUGUUUAAUCUCCAGGUCCUCACAAUCCUGGUGUGUUUCCGUUUCAUGUCGUUAUGUGUGUCACAUGAUCACACCAACACAUCCAGUGUUAACACUUUACCUCUGACACCGGAGACUCCUUCAAUAAACACUUUUCUCCUCACAACAAA